AUGACGACCUCCAAGCUCUUUAUCACAAUCUCUAUUUGCUCGGAGGCCAUACGGUACCUCCGCGCACACAAGCAGGAAGAGUGGAAAACGUCGUACGACCAUGUGAUGCAGUCUCUGCCCGCCGAGGACAAGACGGAACACGUGCACACGAACCUGACCAAGGCGUGCAUGGAGUUCAUGAAAGCCGAGGUCUUCGACAAGGACACGUCCGAUCGCAAGGUUAUGGUCGCCAUCCGAGUUGCAGUGUCGAUCGCGAUCGGCGAAGCGCAGCGCGGACUGGCCAAAGAAAUUUGUGAUCGCCUCCGGAAGGUGGAAGACUUCAACCGGUACCUGAUGACGGAGGUGUUCAAUCUCUCCAUCGUCACGGACAGAGUGUGCACUCUCCUGGACGACGUCAUAAUACACCAGAAGAAGCACGUCAGCAAAGAUAUCCAACAAGAACUAUGCGUGGAAUUCGUUGUCCUAUUCUUUGGUAUUGUGGAAAGCAUCCUUCGCCGCGGCCACUGCCACACAUUCAGCGAACUGGGAUACGCGACGAGCGCAACGCCGUCCGACAUGGGCAAUGCUCGCAACAUUCUGGAGAAGCACGUGUCCGCGAUUGCCGCCAUGUGUGGACCGUGCUUCAUACUCAAGGCUCUCAAGGAAAAGCGCCCGAGACUCAACCUCUUGCCGGCGAACGGCACUCUUCCGCAAACGACGACUCUAGGAACAGAUCACGUGGACUUCGCCAGCUGCGGCAUUUAUGUUUUGAAAUCGUCUCUCUCGCACGAUUCGAAAGAGACCAAGACCUUUCUGGACAUCAUCUUCGCCACCAUGUCGCUUUCCCACAAGACGCCCGCCGACACAUUCGACGACAUCAGGCUGGACACGACCAGGACGUUUUUCUUGGACAAGGUGCUGGACAGGACCGAUGCCGACCAACUUGUGAAAAAAAUGGAGGACCCCAAGGUCAUGUUCAAAGAAAAUCUUCUUCUGAAGGAUAAGGUCAAGAACCUCGCCCAAGAGCUGAGCUCUACCGGCGCCGAACUCGUCGACACAAAGAGUCUCCUCCAACAAGAAAAAGGUGUGCGUUCGGAACUGGAAGCCGACAAGAAGAGCCUGCUGGCGUCGAAUCAGAGAUCCAUGUUCAGAGCUGACAUGGCGGAGAGCAGCGCCGACAAAAAACGCGUCGUCGACCUGUACGAGUCAGGAAGGACCAAGCUCGACGAGGCCAACACCGAGAUCAAGAAGCUGAAGGACACCAUCGACGGCAAGAAGCCCCGCGUCGAUCGUCCAAAGAUAUGCCCUCACCAACUCGCCGACUCCAUGUACUUCGGGAGUGGAUAUCGGACGCCCUAG